UCUCAAGCCAAAGGUACCUCAGUCUUUCUUUUCUCCCAGGACCGGAUAGUUCCAGACCCUCAGCCCAGUCGUUCACCCCAGGAAUCCUUCAGGUAGAGAUCAGUCGAGAUGGAGAAAGGUUAUCCCGGGGAUGGUACUUCCGCCCCUUACCCAGGACCUCCCAUGAACUAUGGGGGGAUAGCCACGGGCCAGGGCCCCCAGCCAGGCUUGUACCCCCAGCCCCCAGGUGGAUACCCUGCCUCCCCUGGUCCUCCACAACCAGGGUUCCAGCCUGGUCCCUACCAGGGAGGUCCCCAAGCAGGUGUGUACCCACCUCCACCACAGUACACCUCUGGACCAGGUGGACCGGUGCCAGUCGUAACCCAGGUAAUAAUGACUCCUAGCCUGAUGGAGGUCGGAGGUUCGACCAUGUGUCCCCACUGCCAGCAGCACGUGGUCACCAAUACAGAGACCAACGCUGGCCUGCUCACCUGGCUCAUCUGUGGAGGCCUCUUCAUUGUUGGGUGCUGGCCAUGCUGCGCCAUCCCGUUCUGUGUAGACUCAUGUAAAGAUGUGGAUCACAGCUGUCCCAACUGCAACAAAAUCAUCUACGUCUACAAACGGAUUUGAUAUUAAUUUGACCUGACGUUACUCUACUACCUUUAUCUGAAGGACUGGGACAUGACACUUGAAUCAAAUCAACAUUUCUGUAAAUGUAUGAGGAUCGUAUUCACUAGGGCAUGUGAUGUUGUAGUGGGCAACCCAUUUUUGUAUGGGUUGCCCUAGCGGAAAUUCAAACCCACAAGUGCCAAGCUCUAUCAGGUCCCUGGCCAGACUUGACCCUUGUAGUGACUACCAAAGAGAAUCCUGAAACCAAAGACUGGUAGUAGCUGCGCUAUAGCUGUUUCACUGUAGUUCUGUACUCGUCUGAAGUCCAUGAAAGUAAAGGAACUUCUAAACCAUUGUAAUAUUGUUAUAUUGAGAUGUAUCUAUCACCAUCAUACUUCUUAUUGUAAUAUUGUUAUAUUGAGAUGUAUCUAUCACCAUCAUACUUCUUAUUGUAAUAUUGUUAUAUUGUGAUGUUUUUGUUAUUACACUCUUGCAGUCGUUCCCUCAGCGAUCGCGUUCUCUUUUUUCCUCUGAACGUUCUACUACUCAUUUGUCAUAAAGGACCAUCCAUUACAAUGGAUCUUAUGGUUGUCUUUUCACUUCCUGCCUAGUUGCUCUGUAAAGCUCUGAUUAAAGUUGUCUGUAUUGAA